AUGAUGGUUCCGACUCAAUUAUUUGGAAGUAUACUAGUCUCAUGGGUGUUGUUUCAUUUAUCACGCGCUUUGUAUAAUAUCUUCUUCCACCCCCUUCGACACUACCCCGGUCCCAAACUACUUGCCGCGUCCCAACUUCUGAAUGUCUAUCACAUAGUCAAAGGAGAUGGCUCCAAGUACACAGCUGAACUUCAUGAAGCCUACGGAGAUGUUGUCCGUGUCGGUCCAAACGAAUUGUCAUUCAUUUCCCCAUCUGCGAAUAAAACAAUAUACGGCGGAAGACCUCAAGAGGGAGAGGUUUUUGAGAAAAACCCAAUUGCAAACUUGCAAGGCACGCGCGAGAUUCAGAAUAUCUUUUUCGCUCCAUCUAAGCCCCAUGCACGAUACAAGAAACUGAUGGCACCUGCAUUUUCGGAAAUGGCCAUUAGGGAGCAAGAGACCAUGCUUCAACACUAUACAACCCGUUUAAUUCAAGCCCUUCGGGGAGAACGUGCCAAUGCGGCGGGGGAAGCAUCGAAAGAAAAUGAAAUUAGCGGGUACAAGGGGAGGCAGAUGUACCCCGAUCAGCAACAGAUUGUAGAUCUUUCCGCUUGGUACAAUUUUAUCAUCUUCGAUGUCUUGAGCAGCUUGGCUUUCGGGCAGUCUGUCGGCUGUCUUGAUCAAGGCUGCUGGCAUCCUUGGGUCUCAUCCAUUUUCAACGCUAUUAUUAACGCCACGUUCCUCGAGGCUGCUCAUCGUUUAUGGCCUUAUCAUCUCGUCUUCGACUGGCUAAUCACUCCUCGUGAGCUGAAAGAUGACUACGCAUCCCACCUCCACUAUACUCAGGGGGCACUGAAGAAUCGAAACCAGGAAGACAGUGCUCGCAAGGCAAAUUUCUCUUCGUUCAUUCAGAAAGGCAUGACAGAGGAAGAACUGUUCGAUAAUGCGAAUAUUGUGGUGACAGCUGGUGGAGAGACCACGGCAGCAACUUUGUCAGCUACAACCUACUAUCUCAUGCAUAACCGCCCCAGCUAUGAAAAGCUUGUCAAGGAAAUUCGAGAAAGAUUCCAAUGUGAGGGCGAUAUCAAGCUGUCCGCUCUAGGGGAUCUCAAAUACCUACGGGCGGUGAUAAAGGAAUCCCUUCGAAUUCACCCGGCGAUUGCAAUUGGUCUGCACAGACUGACUCCAGCAAAGGGGAAAUUUAUUGAUGAACACUGGGUUCCUGGUGGUACGUGGGUAGCAGUGGCAAACUUGGCUGCAUGCCGCAACACUCGGUACUGGAAGAAUCCGGACAAAUUUGUCCCGGAGAGGUGGCUUGGUGACCCUGAAUACGCGUCUGAUAACCUGGAUGCUGCAUCACCCUUUUCUAUAGGGACAAGAGCAUGUAUAGGUAUCAACCUUGCGAACGCAAACAUGCGUCUCAUUCUCGCCCGUCUGCUGUGGAAUUUUGACCUGGAAGGCCAGUCAGACAACGUCGACCCACAACUUUUUAAAGAGCAUGGGAUCUGGAAAGGUACCCCGUUGAAAACGAAGCUGGUUGACAUACGACCUAAGAGUUCAUUAUGA